CCAGUAAUUAAAGAGAUUAGGAGGAUUAGUUAAUUGUCUAGUAAACUUGUGAUUAGAUUAUGAUAUUGAGUUAAUCAACAAUGGAAUUAAUUUCUAUUGUUAUUAUAACAACUUCAAAAAAAGUUGAAUGAAUCAAGAAAAAUAAAACUAUCGAUAGUGAUUACAAUUUGAUUCAAGAAUCGAAACCAAUUUCAUGGAAAUUAAUGUGAACCAUAAUCGAUCACAAUUAAAUGGUUAAAAUUUAAUCAAAUGACUGUAUCAGUAAACCAGCGAUAAACAGUUUGAUAAAUGUUAUUAAGCUUGAUUACUGAUUAAUCCAGUUUGACUCGAUCUAAACGAUUAUCGAAAUAAUCAUUCACUUGAUAAUUUAAACGCUUUUUUUUUGUUCCUCAUCUUUGUGACUAGAGAAUAUAAUUGAUACAAAUUUUUUUCUUCUUUUGAUUGUUGUUUGUUUUUUUUUGUGUUAAUUGGAAUACUAAUCAACUAAUUGUUCAACCAACAGUGAUGAGUGAAUUAAAAGAAGUUUGGAAUUUUAAAUCACAUGAAGGUUACCAGAAAGCCUAUCAACACCAUAGUAAAUACUUGAAAGCGGAUCACGAAUUUUCAAUUUAUCUGCCACCGGCGGCGGUGAGAGGUCAACGAUGUCCAGUAGUUUAUUGGUUAACUGGAGCUGCUGCUGAUGAUCGGGAGUUUAUGUUGAAAUCAGGAUUCCAAAAAUACGCUUCGGAAAAUGAGCUCAUCGUUGUUGCACCCGAACCAAGGCCACUUCCUUUGAACGAUAUGCCAAAGGAAAUUUCUUCCAAGUAUUUUGUUCAAUUUGGAUUUUAUAUGGACUCAACUGCUCCUCCAUAUGAUGAACACUUUAAAAUGUACUCAUACAUCCUCGAUGAACUUUUACCUUUGGUUGAAUUUAAGUUUCCAGUGUUACAAGAUAAACGGGGAAUCGCUGGACACAGUAUGGGUGGUAUGGGUGCGUUGAAUUUUGGUCUUCGUAAUCCCGACAUAUUUGGAUCCAUUUCAGUUUUUUCGGGUAUUUGUAAUCCGAGUGGGAUGAAAAUUGGACAGGAAUUGUUGGAAAUGUACUUUGGCAAUGAAGGUAAAGAUGGAGCAAUCAAAUUGUACGAUCCGUGCGUUUUAGCAGCAAAUUACAAAGGUCCUCAUCGACAGAUUCUGUUUGAUCAUGGUGGAAAUGAUGAACUUGAUGCACUUGUAAUGGCCCCAGAAUUUUUAUCAGCCGUCAUGUAUAAAGAUUUGUCGGUCAAUUUCCGUCUCCAUGCUGGUUAUUCCCAUGGAAUUGAGAUAAUUUCAUCUUUCAUUGAAGAUCAUAUUCUUCACCAUAAAAAGGAAUUAAAUUGGAAUCCUUGAAAAAAGAGAAGGUGGGAACAUGGAAUAUAAAAUAAUCAAGGUUAACCAGAUUUGUUUCCAAGCGUUUAAAUCAAACAAUAAAUUGUAAUGAUUGAAUCAA